CCUCCGCUCUUUCGCUACGAAUAGCUAAGAGCGGGCGGCAGACGUCGGUCUGCAGGUGGGAAAGUGAAAACGGGGUGUGCUCGGUCAUUUGGACGCCUCUGGUUUUUGCGGAAGAUGCAUUCUCUGAACCUUCCAGAUGCGCCAACCGCAGAAGCUGCUUAACGCUGCAGCAGUGGCGGAGCACGCAAACAUUCCCCAGCAUCUAGCGGAAGCCUCCAAUCCCAGUGGGAAUGAAAACUAAACGUCAACUCAGAAAACACAGACUACUAGGUCCCCGUGGCGACGCCGGGAUCUCUGUGAGGACAGCCCGCCGCUUCAUCAUGUUUAGCUUCCACAAGCCCAAGGUGUACCGCUCGUCCACCGGCUGCUGCAUCUGCAGGGCGAAGUCGAGCAGUUCAAGGUUCACGGAUAGCAAAAAAUAUGAGGACGAUUUCAUGGACUGCUUCCAACUCCAUGAGCGUCGGUCUGGAGAAAUAUGCAAUGCGUGUGUCUUGUUGGUUAAGAGAUGGAAGAAACUGCCACCUGGCAGUGAACGCAACUGGCAUCAUGUUGUGGAUGCUCGUGCUGGGCCAGGAACGAAGUCGCUCACUAAAUUCAAAUCAAAAAAUAAAAAGAAGCUGAAAUUGAAACCAACAGAUCCAAUUCAAAAAGUAGAGAAACUGAUAAAGAAGAAGCACAUAUAUCUUAAAAAUGAUCGUAAUGGGCGUGAGCAGAGUCCUGGAGAGAAUAGCGAUGAUAUGGCUGGAGAUGAUUUUAUGUCUGAUAUGGGAGGCCACAGUAUUCCAUCAAGUCCUAAUCCUAGUGAAUAUAUUGCUCCCCGUACUGCUGCUGUGAAACAGAGAGUUAAAGCACGAUCUCCCCAUCGCCAUGAGAAAGGUACCAAGAGGCGAAUGUCACUCUCACCAGCUGUUAGCAGCUUCUUGGACAUGAGUUACUGGAAAAGGGAGAAAGUGUGCUGUGGAACAAUAUUUAAGGGUCCUUAUGGUGUAGUCAUUGUUGACCCUCGAUUUUUGAAGCCAUGCCAAGGCUGUCGGUCACCUCAUGUGCAACAAUGCAAUGCUCCUGCUGCUCCAAGGACACCCACCACUGGGGCAGAUGCUGGCAUGCAUCACCCUGCUUCAGGUCCGGAGGCUGGUGCAGCUGCCAGUGCUAGUAAUGGCGAGAGGAAGCGUGAUUACAAAUACAUGUGUCUUCAACGUGUUACUGCCAUCAGCCACUGUGUUCAAACAGAAUAUUUGUGUUGGCACAUGUGGGAGAGAAAAAGAUCUAGUCUUGAGGGAAAGCUUACCAUUAUUAGCAAAAAUCCUUUUCAUUACUGCUUAGAUAAAAAUUGUUGUGGUGUCCCUUGCCUGAGACUGACGUUUCUAUGUAUUCAUAUUCGAAGUACCAAUGUGAAUCUCGUGAAAGUAGACAGAAACUUUUUGUGUUGUGAAAGUAUUAUUGGUAAUACGUCAAGAGUUGUUAUUUUCUUUAAGUUGUGGAUGAGAUCCUGUAGUUUCUCUGUGUUAGUGCAAUAUUUUAUGGGAGAUAGUCCAAUGUCACAGUUGUUUCAAGAAAUAGAUUUUUUAAAUAAUUCAAGAUUCUUUGUGUGUUUGUCUCCACUUGUUAACUUGCUAGGGGGGGGGGAUAGUUUCAUUGAAUGUUGUCUAUUGGAAUUUAAAGAUUUGAUGAAUGGCAUUAAUAGAAUUUUUAUAAAUUGCCUACUUCACAUUUCUUACUCAGUGGAAAAUUUUUGUGAAUUUUUUUAUUGUGGUUUUUUAUUUUCUUGUUUACUUAUUUGUACAGAUGUCAUGAAAUUCCAUAAAAUGCAUAAUAAACACUACUGUAAGACAUUGAAAUUUGAAUUUUUCUUUGCAUUGUGUUCAAUGAAAAUCACACAAAGUUUAUUUAAAACUUACAUUGCAUGUUUUCAGAAUAAUAAGUUUUGUUAUGUCACAAUAAUUGUUUCAAGUCAUUUCAGUGUCUCGACCGUAUAUGAAGCAAAUGCACUUAUUAAAGUGACAAUAAUGAAGUUUAACCAAUUAAAACUGUUGCAAGAAGUUUGCGAUUGUAAAAUAAUUGUUUUAAAAUUGUUGAGGUUUCUUGUUACAGAAAAUUCAGAAAAAGUUUCGCAUAUUUCAAUGUUCAAUUACCAAAAAUCCAGUAUUACUUCAAAUUACUCUACAAUUUUUAUUAGGAAGCAGAAUUUGAAAAAUAGUAUUACAAUACUUAAUAGGUUUUCAUUGUUAUCCUGUCUACAGAGUCUGGGAGCUUACCAAUUGUAUAAAGAAAGUUGCUGGGCACUGCUGAAGUUAAAUCCUUGUCAUCUGGUUGAAAAAGCAUUUAUUUAUUUUAUUUAUUUUAUGUUCAACAUUUAUUUAAAUUUGCAUAUUGAAACAACCAUGAAAGUGAUCACUGUAUUGUGUACUGUAAAUGUUUAUGAUUUUUUGUGCGUGGUAGAGCUACUACCUCAUGCUCCCUUCCAUAAUGUAAUGUUACAUAUAUACAUUAUAAUAGAUGAUUAUUGGAAUAAUUUUCUUUGUUGUUUCAUUACAAUUUUGUGUGUUGAUUUUUCAUCCAUAUCUGCCUCUCCCAUACAUACUCUCUGGCCUCUCCUGUACAGGUUGCCCGGUUCCUGUGGUCACAGAAUCCAAGCUUUAGUUGGUAGUUUAAGUGUUCCUGAAAAGUUGAUGAAUAGUUCUCAGUUGAGUUUAAUCUCUGACAUUUCAUCGGCUAAUUUAAGCGCAUUUACUUACGGCAUCGUAUACAGUAAAGUGCGUGAUUCAACUCAGUACGUGAUAAAGGGGAGUGUUAAAAUCGAAGAAUGUACUAAAAAUGCCAUAGAAACAUUUGCAUGUUCUUUUACAACAUUGCCAACGUUGAAAACCACUGCUUUAAAGUUUGUGGAAACAAGACUUGAAACCUUC